AUGGACCCGUUCGUUGAGGAGAUGACGGUUCGGGAGUUUGAAGAAAGGGCCUCAUCGAGUAUUGCCAACCCUCCUACGGCUCCUGCCGUGCCCUGCUUGUCCCAACAAUACGGCGUUCCUUUUCACGUCGUUUCUGCUCAGGAGGUGGAGGACUACAAGCGGCUCCUCUCGAAGCCGCUCACCGCUCCCCGAGACCUCGAUUGGGGCAUACUCGACGACCUUCUCAUCUCAGAGGAUGUCAAGCGAUACCUGGAGCUGCUCGGUCUCACGGUAUUCGAGAAUAUUGCUCUGGAGACCUUUCCGAAGCUCACCCUCGAAUUUUUUAGCACGGUUGCCAUGCACGAUAAUGGGAAGGGCAAUUUUCAAUUCCAAUCCGUCAGCCACACUAUAUCGGGACCUGGCAUGUGGCCUUCAAUCCAAUGUUAG